AUGUCGGGCUCGGGAACAGACUCAGAGGCGUCGGACAAGCCACGCGUGGUCGUCUCCAUUCAUUCCAGCUCGAGCAGUGACACCGUGACCGACGACAAUGGCGCAGCGGCGAGCGUGGGCGCGGCUGGCUCGGGUGCUGAGAGCCCAGGCGCUGAAGUCUCGGGUGUGGCAAGUGACUCUGGUAGCGAUGUAGGAUCGGCAGGCGCGAGGCGUGCUGCGUCGGAUGGCGGAUCGAUUUCGGAUGAGCAUGGGCCGAGGCGGAGAAGGCGGAUGGCGACCGACGACGACGAGGUCAUUGAGCUCGGGUCGUCGUCGGGCGAUGCGCGGGCGCUGGCUAUGGUACUGGGGGAGGAAGAGUCAGAUGAAAAUCUGGCGGCGGCAGUGGCAGCAGAGGAGGCGGCCGAGCAGGUGAACGAGAUCAAGUCGCGGUUGCAUGGAUCACGGUACUUUAGUGCACCUGAUCCGACCAUCAAGUGCUACCGCUGUGAUCAGAUGGGCCACAUGGCGGCCAUGUGCCCAAACGAAGAAAAGGUCAAGGCCUGCUUCCUCUGCGGAAGCACAGACCAUGAGCGAUCGGUUUGCACACGCGAGACCUGCUUCCGCUGUGGGAUGGUCGGCCACAUCGCCUCCAAGUGCACCACCAACAUCUCGUCGUCGGUUCGCUGCGACCUGUGCUCGCAGCGCGGCCACUCAUCCGGCAACUGCUCCAUCCACUGGAUCUACAACUUUACUGGUGAGUACAAGCUGCAGUGGCGCGCCGCACGUGCCGCCGAGGCACAAAAGGAGAACAGCCGCCUCGGCCAGCCGCCGAGCGUGGUAUCUGGUUCGCGCGGCGGCGGCGGCGGCGGCGGUGGUGGCGGCUACAACGGUGGCUCGCGCCGCUCGUCGUUCAGUAGAGACUCGCGCGAUGCCGGCCGCAGUCGCAGUCGUGGCCGCGGCCGCGGCGGGUUUUUCCAGGGCAAUCGAAGCCGCGGCUCGCGCCGCGGCCGGAGCAACAGCUACAAAGGCCCUCGUCGCAACAGCUACGACAACCACUCGCGCUCGCGCUCGCGCUCUCGCCAUCGCAGCUAGCCAGUCUGCCUCUGGCUGCAAUGAUAAAGAUCCCCCCUC